GCGCGCGGGGUCGGCGGCGGCGGCGGCGAGAGCGAGGCUCGGGCCCAGGCGCAGGCCCAGGCCGGGCGGGCGCGGCCGCAGCGGGGGCGGCAGCUCGGGAGGCGGCGACCCGCGGCCCUGCAGGCCCCGAGCGGCCGCGGCGGGCACCUGGGGGCCCUGGGGACCCAGGGGGCGCGGCGACUGGCCCCGGCGCGCGCCCGCCGCCCCUCCCCCUCGCCACGGGCGGCCGCGCAACUUGCGGCCAAACUUUCCCCCCGGCCUCCCGCGCUCCGAUGGCGACCCGCUAAGUUGGCCGCAGACCCAGGCCGAGCGGCGGCCAGGCCAGAGGGCGCCCCCUGCGCAGCCCGGGCCGGGUCAUGGCCCGCGCGCCCCUGCCGGGGCCCCAGGGCGGCGGGGCGCGAGACCUCGGGGCCCCCGGCCCACGCCUCUAGCGCGCCCCCGCCGGCCCCGCGCACGCGUGGGAAAGUUGGCCUGGAACCGGCCCGACCAGUUCCGCCCGGGCGCGCGGACCGGCCGCAGGAAGUUGCUGCAAAACUUUUUUGGGGGGUGCAGCCGGUGCCCCCCGCGCGCCGGGGCCGGAUGCGCGCCGGGUAGGGCCCUUCGGGCCAAGAGGAGUGCCCGAAAGGAAGAACGAGGAGGGGGCGCCCCGGCCCCGCUGCCCUGGGGCUAUGGCCAUGGUGACCGGCGGCUGGGGCGGCCCGGGCGGCGACACGAACGGCGUGGACAAGGCGGGCGGCUACCCGCGCGCGGCCGAAGAAGACUCGGCCUCGCCCCCCGGCGCCGCCAGCGACGCGGAGCCUGGCGAUGAGGAACGGCCGGGGCUGCAGGUGGACUGUGUGGUGUGCGGGGACAAGUCGAGCGGCAAGCAUUACGGUGUCUUCACCUGCGAGGGCUGCAAGAGCUUUUUCAAGCGGAGCAUCCGCCGCAACCUCAGCUACACCUGCCGGUCCAACCGUGACUGCCAAAUCGACCAGCAUCAUCGGAACCAGUGCCAGUACUGCCGCCUCAAGAAGUGCUUCCGGGUGGGCAUGAGGAAGGAGGCGGUGCAGCGCGGCCGCAUCCCGCACUCGCUGCCGGGCGCCGUGGCCGCCGCCUCGGGCAGCCCCCCGGGCUCGGCGCUGGCGGCGGCGGGCGGAGACCUGUUCCCGGGCCAGCCGGUGUCGGAGCUGAUCGCGCAGCUGCUGCGCGCCGAGCCCUACCCCGCGGCGGCCGGGCGCUUCGGCGCGGGCGGCGGUGCGGCGGGCGCGGUGCUGGGCAUCGACAACGUGUGCGAGCUGGCGGCGCGGCUGCUCUUCAGCACCGUGGAGUGGGCGCGCCACGCGCCCUUCUUCCCCGAGCUGCCGGUGGCCGACCAGGUGGCGCUGCUGCGCCUCAGCUGGAGCGAGCUGUUCGUGCUGAACGCGGCGCAGGCGGCGCUGCCCCUGCACACGGCACCGCUGCUGGCCGCCGCGGGUCUGCACGCCGCGCCCAUGGCCGCCGAGCGCGCUGUGGCCUUCAUGGACCAGGUGCGCGCCUUCCAGGAGCAGGUGGACAAGCUGGGCCGCCUGCAGGUGGACUCCGCGGAGUACGGCUGCCUCAAGGCCAUCGCGCUCUUCACGCCGGACGCCUGUGGCCUCUCGGACCCGGCCCACGUGGAGAGCCUGCAGGAGAAGGCGCAGGUGGCCCUCACGGAGUACGUGCGGGCGCAGUACCCGUCCCAGCCCCAGCGCUUCGGCCGCCUGCUGCUGCGGCUCCCGGCCUUGCGCGCCGUCCCUGCGUCCCUCAUCUCCCAGCUGUUCUUCAUGCGCCUGGUGGGCAAGACGCCCAUCGAGACGCUGAUCCGCGACAUGCUGCUGUCAGGAAGUACCUUCAACUGGCCCUACUCGGGACAGUGACUGGCGGGGCCCAGUGCACGCUGGCUGGAUCUGCAGACCUCAAGGGACUGGAUGCCAGGCCAGGGGGACUGGGCAGAGGGCCCUGGCUUCUCUCCUGAGACACCUAUUUUUUAAAGACUGUGAAAUGUUCGUCCUUCCUGUUUUUUAAAUGAUCAUAAAACCAAAAAGAGACUGAUCUUCCAGGGCCAGCAGGUCCCCCUGGGACCCCGCCCAGGGUGGGGCGGGGAUGGAGGGUCCACUCCUGGGCCUGCCCUGUCCCUCUACAUCUCAAGCAUGAACUUGCGGGCGGGUGGGGCAGGCCUCCCGGUGUUGUGGACGAAGGCCUGGCGUCUGGACUGGAGGGGCAGCCACAUGUCCCCGGCUGCUCCUCUGGACAUGGAGUCCACGUUGGACACUACGUGACAAACACACAUGGCCAAUAAUAAAGCCGUUUCCUACCUG